CUUACCUAGCGAUAAGCACCUUCGAUACAGGGCGCCUGCGCAGGCAGGUCGCCGCCGAAAGCCUGCGAGAUUACCCAGCGACUUUGCGUCUUCCCAGAGUCGGCGGUGGAACUGGGCAAGCAUGGGGAAGGUGAAUGUAGCCAAGCUUAGGUACAUGAGCCGCGAUGACUUCAGAGUUCUGACUGCGGUUGAAAUGGGCAUGAAAAACCAUGAGAUUGUUCCCUGCAGUUUGAUUGCUUCUAUAGCCAGCCUGAAACAUGGUGGCUGUAAUAAAAUUCUAAGAGAAUUGGUGAAGCAUAAACUUAUAGCGUGGGAACGUACUAAAACUGUGCAGGGCUAUCGGUUGACAAAUGCUGGCUAUGAUUACCUAGCUCUGAAAACGCUGUCUUCUAGACAGGUAGUUGAAUCUGUUGGAAACCAGAUGGGUGUGGGCAAAGAGUCAGAUAUUUACAUUGUUGCAAAUGAAGAAGGGCAGCAGUUUGCACUGAAGCUUCACAGACUGGGAAGAACCUCCUUUCGAAAUCUGAAAAACAAGCGUGAUUACCAUAAGCACAGGCAUAAUGUUUCUUGGCUUUAUUUAUCUCGGCUCUCUGCCAUGAAGGAAUUUGCCUAUAUGAAGGCAUUAUAUGAGAGGAAAUUUCCAGUUCCAAAGCCAAUCGAUUAUAAUCGCCAUGCAGUGAUCAUGGAGCUUAUUAAUGGUUAUCCCUUAUGUCAGAUACAUCAUGUUGAAGACCCUGCAUCAGUAUAUGACGAAGCUAUGGAACUGAUAGUCAAACUGGGAAACCAUGGACUGAUUCAUGGAGAUUUCAAUGAAUUCAAUCUCAUGUUGGACAAAGAUGACCACAUCACCAUGAUUGAUUUUCCGCAGAUGGUUUCCACAUCCCACCCAAAUGCUGAGUGGUAUUUUGACAGAGAUGUUAAAUGCAUUCGAGAGUUCUUCAUGAAACGUUUUAGCUAUGAAAGUGAGCUCUACCCAACCUUCAGUGAUAUCAGGAGGGAGGAUUCUCUUGAUGUUGAGGUCUCUGCCAGUGGUUACACAAAGGAAAUGCAAGCAGAUGAUGAACUGCUACAUCCAGUAGGCCCAGAUGAUAAAAUUACUGAAACAGAAGAGGAAUCUGACUUCACGUUUUCUGAUGAAGAAAUGUUAGGAAAAGCCAAAGUUUGGAGGUCAGAAUUGGAAAAGGAACCAGACCCAGCAGAUGAAUCAGGUGGAUCCUGGUGCUGCUCGUCCUCAGACAGCAAACAAAUAAAGGAUGGCAGCUUACCAGAGGAGAGUGCUGAUGUGUCCAGUUUCGAAGUGACUGCAUUAAACCAAGCUGUAGAAGAAAUGGAAAGGCAGGUUCUUCCCCACAGGUCUGUUACUGAGUUUUCUGAGGAGAGCAGUAGAACUGAAAAUGAUGGGCAGCCAGGUCAGAGAAGCCCUGCUGGCUCUGAGGACUGUGAGGAUGAACCCCCGCAUCUGAUUGCCUUGUCAUCAUUGAACAGGGAGUUCAGGCCUUUCAGAGACGAAGAGAGUAUGAGUAGUGUUACUCAGCAUAGAACGAGAACAUUGAGUGUUACGUCUGCGGGCAGUGCCCUGAGCUGUUCAACAAUCCCUCCAGAACUGGUGAAGCAGAAGGUGAAGCGUCAGCUGACGAGGCAGCAGAAGGCAGCUGCCAGACGCCGACUGCAGAAAGGAGAAGCCAAUGUGUUUACCAAGCAGCAGAGGGAAAACAUGCAGAAUAUUAAAUCGAGUUUGGAAGCAGCCAGCUUUUGGGGAGACUAAUAGAUUUCUGAUAUGUAUUAUUUUUUUAGAUACUAUAAUUUUAUUUUUAGCCAGUAUACUGGUCUUUUUUGGACCAAAGCCAGUAUUUAUGGAAAUUAUGGAAAUAAAGCCUCUUUAGACUCAUAGCUUCCAAAGUCUGAUUGAUAGUAAGUCUGCCAAGCACUCUGUUUCUUAAAAAUUUUCAGGUAACUAAUUUAAAUAUAAAAUAACUUGUGUGAAAAGAACUUCAUUGGCAGUAAUUGCAAAACAUGGACAUCAUUUUUAUUUCACUGUGAUGUUCAGACUCUGCCUUAAACAGGUAGAUAAAUGACUUGCCUCAGAUCUUGGAUUCACAUGUAAUAAAUAAUAGAACAACUUAA